CUCCAGCAGUCCAGCUCGCUUGCUAAUGACCAUGGUGUCGUCGUGUAUCGCCGGACUUCUCCUUCUUCUCGCCGCGCGCUCCGCCGCCGCCGCCGUCGGGCUCGCCACGCCUGUGGAGUACCAGUACCACAGUUAUGCGGUAACACCUCUGUCUCCGCACGCACAUAGCUCCCCGGAGGCUGCCGAAGACGGCGCUCACGCGCAUCAGGAGGACAUGGCUGCGUCGUCGUCGUCGGCUAUGCACGUUCGCCUGCUCCACCGCGACUCGUUCGCCGUGAACGCCACUGGAGCCGAACUCCUCGCGCGCCGCCUGCAGCGAGACGAGCUGAGGGCAGCGUGGAUCAUCUCCACAGCUGCUGCGAACGGUACGCCGCCACCGGACGUCGUUGGGCUCUCCACCGGACGCGGGCUCGUGGCGCCGGUGGUGUCCAGGGCGCCGACGAGCGGGGACUACAUCGCCAAGAUCGCGGUGGGCACGCCGGCCGUCGAGGCGCUGCUGGCGCUGGACACGGCCAGCGACCUCACGUGGCUGCAGUGCCAGCCAUGCCGGCGGUGCUACCCGCAGUCCGGGCCCGUGUUCGACCCGCGGCACUCGACGUCGUACGGCGAGAUGAAUUACGACGCGCCGGAUUGCCAAGCACUGGGACGAUCCGGCGGCGGCGACGCGAAGCGCGGGACGUGCAUCUACACCGUGCUCUACGGGGACGGGGACGGGCAUGGCUCCACGUCCACGUCGGUGGGUGACCUCGUCGAGGAGACGCUGACCUUCGCCGGCGGCGUCCGGCAGGCGUACCUGUCCAUCGGCUGCGGCCAUGACAACAAGGGCCUGUUCGGUGCGCCGGCGGCGGGGAUCCUAGGGCUCAGCCGCGGCCAGAUAUCGAUCCCGCACCAGAUCGCGUUUCUCGGCUACAACGCGAGCUUCUCCUACUGCCUCGUCGACUUCAUCUCCGGCCCGGGCUCCCCCUCCUCCACCCUCACCUUCGGUGCCGGCGCCGUGGACACCUCUCCGCCGGCGUCCUUCACCCCCACGGUCCUCAACCAGAACAUGCCCACGUUCUACUACGUGCGGCUCAUCGGCGUCAGCGUGGGCGGCGUGCGCGUGCCGGGCGUCACUGAGCGCGACCUCCAGCUAGACCCAUACACGGGUCACGGCGGCGUCAUCCUGGACUCCGGCACCACCGUGACGCGGCUCGCCCGCCCGGCGUACACCGCGUUCCGUGACGCCUUCCGUGCCGCAGCAACCGGUCUCGGCCAGGUCUCCACCGGCGGCCCCUCCGGCUUAUUUGAUACGUGCUACACCGUGGGCGGCAGAGCGGGCGUGAAGGUGCCCGCCGUGUCAAUGCACUUCGCCGGCGGCGUGGAGCUGAGUCUCCAGCCCAAGAACUACCUCAUCACCGUCGACUCCAGGGGCACCGUCUGCUUCGCGUUCGCCGGCACCGGCGACCGUAGCGUUUCAGUCAUCGGCAACAUCUUGCAGCAGGGGUUCCGCGUCGUGUACGACAUCGGUGGCCAGCGCGUUGGGUUCGCGCCCAAUAGCUGCUGA